GCCGUGCGGCCACUGGCUCAGACGCAGGAUCCGCCGGCGUGCGUCUCAGAACGCCCCUGCCGCUGCCUGUCCGUGCCUCUGACAACCUGGUGGCAGGCAGCAUGGCCACGGUGGCCGCGGUGGCCCGUGGGGCCGGGGCGAGGGCGGCGGCAGGGCUGCGGGGCGGCGGCGGGGCUGUGGCUCGGGGACGGCUGCGCGCGUGUUGCGCUCGGCGCCUGUGCACUGCCCCGGCUGCGCCGGCCGCCGUGGACAUGAAACGCUACCUGUGGGAGCGCUAUCAAGAGGCGAAGAGGAGCACGGACGAAUUGGUACCUUCUAUUAUGAACAACUUGCUGAAUCCAGAUGCCAUUUUCUCCAACAACGAGAUGAGCCUGUCGGACAUUGAGAUAUAUGGCUUUGAUUACGAUUACACGCUGGUGUUCUACUCCAAGCACCUCCACACACUCAUCUUCAACGCUGCCCGGGACCUGCUCAUCAAUGAACACAGGUAUCCCGUGGAAAUCCGGAAGCAUGAGUAUGACCCAAACUUCGCCAUCCGGGGACUCCAUUAUGACGUCCAGCGGGCAGUGCUGAUGAAGAUUGAUGCUUUUCAUUACAUCCAGAUGGGAACCGUCUACAGAGGCCUAAGUGUGGUCCCUGACGAGGAAGUCAUCGACAUGUACGAGGGGUCACAUGUGCCCCUGGAGCAGAUGAGCGACUUUUACGGAAAGAGCUCUCACGGGAACACCAUGAAGCAGUUCAUGGACAUCUUCUCGCUGCCGGAGAUGACCCUGCUGUCGUGUGUGAACGAACACUUCCUGAAGAACAACAUAGACUAUGAACCUGUGCACUUGUACAAAGACGUCAAGGACUCCAUAAGGGACGUCCACAUCAAAGGAAUAAUGUACCGAGCAAUUGAGGCGGACAUUGAAAAGUACAUUUGUUACGCCGAGCAGACGCGUGCGGUGCUGGCUAAGCUGGCCGCCCACGGCAAGAAGAUGUUCCUCAUAACCAACAGUCCAAGCAGCUUUGUAGACAAAGGAAUGUGCUAUAUCGUGGGCAAGGACUGGCGGGACCUGUUCGAUGUGGUCAUAGUUCAGGCCGAGAAACCCAACUUCUUCAAUGAUAAGCGGAGGCCUUUCCGGAAGGUGAAUGAGAAAGGUGUCUUACUCUGGGAUAAAAUCCACAAGCUACAGAAGGGCCAGAUCUACAAGCAGGGUAAUUUGUACGAAUUUCUGAAGCUCACUGGGUGGAGAGGAUCCAAAGUGCUGUAUUUUGGUGACCACAUAUACAGUGACCUGGCGGAUCUCACGCUGAAACACGGCUGGCGAACCGGAGCCAUCAUCCCCGAGCUGCGGUCUGAGCUGAGAAUUAUGAACACGGAGCAGUACAUCCAGACCAUGACCUGGCUGCAAACCUUGACCGGCCUCUUGGAGCAGAUGCAGGUCCACAGAGAUGCCGAGUCACAGCUGGUUUUACAGGAGUGGAAAAAGGAGAGGAAGGAGAUGAGAGAAAUGACCAAAAGUUUCUUCAACGCGCAGUUCGGGAGCUUGUUCCGCACAGACCAGAACCCGACCUAUUUCCUGAGGCGCCUAUCGAGGUUUGCUGACAUCUACAUGGCAUCUCUGAGCUGCCUCCUGAACUACGACGUCCACCACACAUUCUACCCCAGGAGGACUCCCCUGCAGCACGAACUCCCUGCCUGGUCGGACAGCCCCUCUGCCUUCAAAGCCCCUCUGCUGCAGGAGGCGCAGGCCAAGUAACCCAGAAGCUGCCUGAGGGAAAAGCCAGAGGCGGCCAUGGCCUCACAGAGAGUGGAGCG